UACACAGGUAUGACUGUGCUCUCAGUCUAAAGCAGAAGCAUGUCUGAGCAAUACAGUUCAUGGGACUCCAUUGCCAUUUAACUUUACUUUGGAUUCUACACUGAUUGGGGAACUGAGGAUUUGGACCACAACCAUGUUGACCUAUCUGGUGCUUGUGGGACUUAUAAGUCUGUGCAGCACGGAGCCUCUCAGACGCAAUAGAAGAUCCUGGAUUAUAGACUCAUUUGACAUUGUGGAAGAACACCCAGGACCUUUUCCUUAUGAACUGGGGCAGAUCAAGCUGGAUCGUAAAUAUUUAGUGGAGUUCGGGCUAAAGGGCAAAGGCGUGGAUGAAAACCCAAAGGGUGUCCUGUCUAUUGAUUCCAAGACAGGAGUCAUCAUGGUCCACCGUAAAGUUGACUAUGAGCAGUUCAGCAUUCUGAUGCUGACCUUUCAAGCGAGAAACAAGUCCAACUCGGCUAUUGACACACAACUAGGCAUGGAGGUCAACAUAUUGGACAUCAACGACAACCCGCCGGUCUUCCAGAGAAAACUCUAUGAUGUUACUGUAAAUGAAGCAGCAAAGCAAGGUGACUUUAUUGUUGGUGUUUUAGCCAUUGAUAAGGAUGCAGCAGGAACUCCGAAUUCCACCAUUGAUUAUAAAAUCAUUUCUGUGGUGCCGACUACUAAAAAUGUGGAAUUCUACAUCCAAGACAAUGGAGCAAUAUCCUUUAAAGGAUGCUUUGAUUAUGAGGUGGCUAGUAAAUACACUAUAAUGGUUGAGGCAAAGGACCGUGGAGAGGUUGUAAAGUUGUCCAGCACAGCAACUGUAGUAAUCAACCUUCAGGAUGGAAACAACCACAUACCGGUCAUCACAGGGCAAACGGGUUCAGGUAAUGUGGUGGAAGGGACAAAUGGUACCUCCCCCCUUAAAAUACACACGACCGAUGCUGAUACUCGUCCCACUGCUGCAUGGAGGGUCAGAUACUCCAUAGAAGGGGAUAAAGGUGGUCACUUUUCCAUUCGUACUGAUCCAGACAACAACGAUGGCAUAAUUACAGUGGUUAAGCCUCUGGACUUUGAAAAACAAACAGAACAUAAACUCAGCAUCUCCGUAGAGAACGAAGAGCCGUACUUCUCUUGUGUGGUAAAGGAGAGAUCUCCAAGUGGCCUCUGGACUGUCAUCUCAAAUCCAUCAAAACCAUCCUCUAAGAAUAUUACCAUCACAGUGGAGGAUGCAAACGACCCUCCAUAUUUUACAGAUCCUCAACGGAAAGUCAUUUUGGAAGAAAAUGGUCCUAUUGGAGCCUUUGUGGACCGAGUAAAAGCAAUAGAUCCUGACACUGGACGUCCCCAUAAACUAGAGUAUUCCAUUGAACACGACCCUGCUGGCUGGUUCAGAGUGGACAAAACAACUGGAGAAAUCUUUGUAAAAGAGACAGUGGACAGAGAAUCCAGUUAUGUGACCAACGGGACUUACACAAUUUUUGUCCUAGUGACAGAAAAAGAUGACCAUCCUCCAAUGACAAGCACUGCCACGAUUCAGCUCUAUGUGGAAGACAAGAAUGAUAACGUCCCCUUGCUAAAGGAAAACAGAGUGUCUGUCUGUCAGUCUGACCAAGCGUCAAGUGCAGAGGUCUCAGCGCAGGACCUUGAUGGAGAUCCAUACAGUGGGCCGUUCAGUUUUGAAAUUAUAGGAGACCAUAAGGAAGGAUGGAGUUUUGACCCAAGCUAUGGUUACACCGUGCGUUUGGUGAAGGAUAAAAGAGUUCAUGCGAGCCUGUACACACUGAGUGUGAAAAUCUCUGAUAAGCAGGGCAGGUUCGUGCACCAGAACCUUACUGUCGCUGCAUGUGAUUGUGCCGUCUCACCAAACUGCCUGCUCCAGCGCAACACACAGCAAAAAGUGGGAAAUGGUCUGUUAGGAAUUACCAUUUUUGCCACUCUCAUGGUUUUGGCUUUUCUGCUGCUGUCCCUCACUUGCUCUUGCGGAAGUGUGAAGUCUCUGGUACAAGUAGACAAUGUCUUAGAAGAUGCCCUUCUGUCAUCAAAUAUUGAGAAACCAGGCACAGAUUGUAUGGUCCCGACAACUCUUCUGAGGAAAGCAUCUGUCUGUCAGUCAGUCAAGGAAACAACUAUUGUCAAUGACUGGGCUCAAAAGAAAGCUGAUGUUCAGCAGGUAUCUAGCAAAAAUGUGACUUCUGCUGGAAGGGAGUCUUGGUCUAGAGACAGAUCACAGUACUUUUCCCGUGAGAAUCAGUCAUGGAUGCGGAAACAGUACCAAAUCGACAACUACUACCAGGGCUCCACAUUUAGCAGGAGGGGCUCACAAAGAAGAGCGAAAACCUAUUUCAUCAACCAAUCCACUUUACAAAGCUUGCUAACUCAGAGGUUACAUUUAAUGCAAUCUCAAGAAAAUGAGUUGCUGGAUUAUGAGCCUCAUCUUUACGCCUUUGAGGACAACACAGACAAGCUUGCAGAUCUGGACCCCAUAGACCUGCCCAGUAAUGAGUUUAAUCCUGAUCUGCUUUCUGACCUUGGACCUGCAUUUAAGAAACUGGCUUCUAUCUGUAAUCCAGGGUCAAAACAGAAUUGAUGAUUGUCUAGUGAUCAGUUACUGAUCAGUGAGGGUCCAGUUAAUUGUUACAUAGGGGG